CAGUCUGCGAGUGCACGCGCAUGCGUAGGUAGUUCUGUCGCACGCUCGACUCGUAAUUAUACAUAUCUACAUACCUUCUUCUAAUCUAUAAUGGAGAUAGAUAUCGAACUAUUGAUAACUUUGGUGGAAGCGAAGCCAGUUUUAUGGGACAAAACUUGCGCUGAGUACAAGGACAAAAAUGAAACAAAAAAAGCUUGGCGGGAGGUUUGCGCAAUACUUAAACCCGACUUCGAAGAAAUUACUGACGGCGAAAAAAACUCAUUUGGUAAAGAAGUGAUAAAGCGGUGGGGAAACGUUUGUGAUUCAUUUAAAAAAUCUUGUUAAAAACAAAAGGACGUUACCAAAUCAGGUGCUGGUGUUUCAAAUGUUAAAAAAAUAUGUUUUCAAUGAUCAGCUACAAUUUCUCAACAAAGUUUUUAAGGAACGUCCCACUUCUGAUAGUCUGACACAGGAAACAGAAGAUCCUCAAACAAUGGAAGGAGAUACACCAGAGAUUGAAAACAAAAAAGAACAAUUGGAAAAAAUUAAAAUACCUAAUAUAGAACUGGGAUCUCGAAAACGGCAAGCAAAUGUGGAUCCAAUAGAAUUGAAAAUGUUGAAAAAAAUGGAAGAAGAACCAGAUAGACAUUUGUGUUUUUUCAAAGGAAUUAUUCCAUCCCUAAAAUCUUUUACUGACGAUGAAGUUAUACAAUUCCAGUUGGGAGUAAUGGAAUUAAUGACGAAAAUUAAAAAACAGAGAUGCUCGAUACAGUACCACAGAAUGUACCACCCUGAUACGACUCAUUCGCAACCAAUACAUCAAACAUUUCGUCCCCAGUUGCCUGUUUCAUUUCAAAACAUACCUCCACAAUCUCAGUUUUCACACCAAACUUUUGUUCCACCAUCAACACUACCGUACCAAAAAUAUGUAAAAAUAUGUUGUAACAAAAUAAUUAUUUUUUCAAUAAACAUAAAAAAAUAUUUUAUUUUUACUUACCGAAUUAUAACGGCUAACAUCUCGACAGGCUGAAUGCAGUUUCUCAUUUUUGUAUCCUGACGUUGCAAAGUGUUUUUGAAACGGUUAUGUAAUUCGUCAAACGAAGUCAUAGACAUUGUAAAGUACUUGAAAAACCUGUCUUCAUGUGCUCCUAGAUCUGGGAAUUAUGUAUAGA